CGAGUCGUCUCAAGGCCCCGCAAUCCCCAGACUCAAGUACAAGCAGCAGCAGCAACACCACCCAUCCACAACAUCAACCAUUGGCAUGUCUUACGAAAACCUGGAUGCAAGUGCCCUCUUCGGCGUCGAAGGCAAGUCUGUUCUCGUCACAGGUGGCGGUUCCGGCAUCGGCUACAUGAUCGCCCGAGCCUUCAUCAGCAACAAUGCAAAACACGUCUUCAUCUCUUCUCGCAAAAAGAGCGUCUGCGACGAGACCUGCAAGGAGUUCAAUGCUCUCGGAUUCAAGGGAAAGGCUAUUGCUAUUCCAGGCGACUUGAACAAGCGCGCAGAUGUCGAGCGUCUUGUAUCUGAGAUCACAAAAGUGACGGGCGGCAAACUGCACGUCGUCGUCAACAACUCUGGCAAUAACUGGGCUGCUCCCUUUGACGAGUUUCCCGAUGCAGCUUGGGACCGUGUCCUUGGACUCAACCUCAAGUCUGUCUUUGUCGUGUCUCAGCUCUGUACGCCUCUAUUGGAAGCAGCAGCUACACCUGACGACCCAGGCCGAUUGAUUCACAUUGGAUCUGUCGAUGGCAACCGUGUGCCGAUUCACGAGACAUUUGCAUACAGUGCCUCCAAGGCCGGUGUGCAACACCUCUCGAAGCAUCUUGCCGGCCACCUCGGCCCACGUCUUAUCACCUCCAAUACCAUCUUCUGCGGUCCCUUCCAGAGCGCCAUGAUGAAGGCCACCCUUGAGGCAGCUGGGGACUCCAUCAAGAUGGGCAUUCCGCUCGGUCGAAUCGGCAGAGCCUCAGAUGUUGGUGGUCUAUGUGUCUUUUUGAGUGGUAAAGCCGGCAGUUACAUCAACGGCGCUGGUAUUGCACUUGAUGGAGGUCACUUGUGUUCUUCAGGCGCUUACUACGAUGCAGAGGAAGCCGCUGAAGCUGCAAAGGAAAAGGCAAAGCUUUAAGAUACAACUAUAACCAAUCUAUUUGCCAUUUAUUUCAUGAGCCUCCUGCAAUGGGCCAAUGUUCAAGGUUGUUAUAGAUAUAACGAAGUAUGUCGACACCGUCUCGACCACAGAC